AUGCUGUCCGACGCAGGGGAAGAUUCUUCAAUUGCGCUGGCCUGCCGAGCCAUUGGGCAUGCGUUCCUCACCAGUAAAGUCGAUACCCCUGAAACGCGAUCCAAGCGAGCGGUGACAUAUGGACAAGCCCUGAAAGCAACGAAUAUGGCUCUCGAAGAUCCACUCAUGCAGAGCCAGGACGAAACACUGGCGUCCGUGUGGCUGCUGAGUCUCUAUGAGCUCAUUGUAUCACCAGCUAAAAGAAACCACCCCCUCGACUUUUCAGCAGACACUCAUGGAAUUGGUUCUUGGAUCGUCCAUACUCAAGGACUGGUGAGUUUGCUCCGGCUGCGAGGCACUUCGCACUUGAGGACACCCCUCGCACGUGGUCUGUUCUGGUUGAUCUAUAAUUCAAUACAAGUCAGAUGUUUCAUCACCAACACGGCAAGCCCUUCUGAAUCUCCGACCUGGUUACAGGAAUUGGAAAAGGGCUUGACGCAAGAUGAAAUGCCCGCUUAUCGGCUCUGCGUAUAUGGUCACCGUGCAUCUACUCUUUGUGCGAGCAUCCGACAAAUCAUCAAUCAAUGGACAACCACUCCGCCCAGUGCUGCAAUGGAAAUUAUCGCUGAAGCCGAGUGCUUUGAGAGGGAAAUGCAGCAGUCAUGGGAUGUCGGUACCGGCAGCCCGGGGCCUGAGACAAUCGCCGACUCUGAGUUGAACAUUCGGCUUCUAUGUUGCCGCACAUUUUUCCAUGCAUUUCGGUUGAAGUUCCAACUCACUUUGUUGGAGCUUUUGGACAAGAUGCGAAUCGAGACACUUGACAUGCAUGCAAGGAUGCUGCAGGAUCAAUUUCAGCUACGGGUCGAGACCGUGCAAAGCGCCGCGGACGAAAUCCUUGCUUGUGUUCCUCUGCUCCUUUCAACGGACACUUCCUCAGGCAGUUCCCAGAAGCUAACACCAAGACUCUGGAGAGAUGGAGUCCGUUUACUUUGGCCAUUGAGACUUGUGGCACUUUGGAAUGCAACCAGAGAUGACCAGAAAAGAGCUGCAAAAUCGACACUUCUGCAAAUAAGAGACGAGGUGGGAAUCAACCCCACAGGAGCUUUUCUUCCUCCCAUCGCGGCGGACUUUGCAGCAAAAGAGUCAGCCCUGGUGGCUUAG